AUGGCGAAAACUGAAAAUUCCACGAAAAAACUAAAUUUAAACUUCCCUCCGCUUUUCUCCGGUGCAAACGCGCUCCACCGCACUUUCUUUUUUAUUUUCAUUUUCGUCGCAUUUCCCAAAUGCCACGUCAUGAAACAGAUUGUCGAUACUUUGCAAACGGAUAUUGCUCGAAAGGCAACGCCUGCACAUGCUCAUACGGCCGCGCGUAUCGUUUUCUUCACACCCGACCACGAAACGACGAACUUCCAUCAUGUUCAACACCGCAAACUUCACAGAAUCAACAAAAUCUCCAAAAUUCUGGCCAAAGAGUUCGACCGAAGCAGCUCCCGGAGUUCAAUGCUCAAGCCGCCGAAUUUGUUCCGCGUUGGAAUUCGAGAAGAAAACUCAAACAUAAUUUCAUGGAUGUACGACGAGAAACCAACUCUUUACAACGAUCAAAAUUUACCAGAAAAGCUCCUUCCUGCCCCAAUUCUUGCGCCCUGGCACUCUAAAUUUAAUCUGGUAAGGAAUUUCCAAAGAUGUCAUCAAGGCUACACUUGGAGUCAAGAACAAAAUCAAUAUUAAAAUCGAACAACUGCAGCGCCUUCGUUUUUUCCAGAAAGCUUUGAGCAAUGUGUCUAUGCCAAAAGGAACAUCUUCUAUGGGUUUUUUGGAUCCCGUCCAGUUGAGAAAUCGAUCAGGACAAGAGGUUCAAGAGAUAUACAACCAAAUGGCGCCAACAUUCUUGGUGUGCGUGGACAGAAUCGAAAUUUGGUCAUUGUUGUUGUACAUUCACUGGAUCACAGUCUUAAAUGGGAGGGUGUUAAAAAGAUCAUCGGAGAACAUGAAAAUUUCGACGUGUCCAAUAUUCGUUUCACGGGCCUAACUGACAAGAGAAUGAUAAUCAGCAACACCAGUCUCUCGCCGUCUAGGAUUCAAUUGACCUGCAGCCAAGCUGUCUUCAAUCUGUUAAUUUUUUUUAAAAUUGUUUUUUCCAUUGUUCGUUGUUGUAAUAAACGCGAUGCUUAUUAA